CUGGCGAAACUGGUUGAGUAGUUUCGCCGCCUGGUAAGAGCUGGGGUCGGCGUUAAAGAGGCGCCGGGCAGCUGUGUGGGCUAAAAGUUUGAGGAAGACCGGCACUUCCGUGCAAGGGCAGCCGUAUGUCUCGACAGCAAGCGGGAAGAAGCCGACGUACUCUGCCCUGUGGCGGUACAUGUCGAUCUUCUUGUCCGCCUGCUCCCUGGCCAUGUAACCGCGUCCCUUGCGGGCGAGGGGGUCCCUGGAGCUGACUGGGUCCGUGACUGUGACGUCGCAGAUCCAGACCGCCCCUGAGUCCCGGUCCCGGAUGGCUAGGUCGGCUGUCUUGCCGUCGACCGGGUUGUAUAGGGCUGUUUCUUUCGAGACAAUGAGUUGUGCGUCUUGGCCCAUGCGAAUGCAUUCGUCCCGGAGGGCGUUGUGUGUAUCAGUGCGUCCGUGCCCCGUCCCGCAGCGGAAUAAGUGGUUGGGGAGCCGUGGGUCCGGGAUCUCGGUCUUCUUGGCGCAAUUGCACACUUUUGGCGCGGGGAAAGGGAGGCCCAGGCGGAAGGCGAGGGCUAUGGCGAAGUGAGGAGGUGCCAGCCUGAGUGAUGGGAAGAGGGGGACUGCGAGGAGCCAGUCCCCUGCUCCGUACCCUGUGAGGGAGAGGAGCCGCUGCGUGUGACCGCUGAGGGGGUUUAGCUCCAUGUGCCUGGUCGAUUCUAGCUGCUCGGCGAACCGGGCAGCGUGGACCUCUAGGGCGAGGCGGUGCUGGAGCGGAGCUUCGGAUGGUUCCGAGGGCUCGGCGCGCAGGAGUUCCCGGGCGGUGGCCGGCAGCGCCGCCUCGCACUCAGCUAGCCAGCUGCUGUACAAGUACCCGCCGCACAAGAAGCUCGCUCUCUCGCCCUCCGACCUGCCAGGCUUCUGCUUCCCCAACGGCGUCGAGGCGCGCUGCAUGGAGAGGUCGCCCUCCAUGAAGGGCUUCCACCAGUCCAUCUACGGCCAGGCGGCGCACCAGACAGCGGACGACGGGGCGUACGUGUUUCUGCUGGCGGUGGACGACAACGUGACGCUGUACGGCGUGUGCAUCGUGGUGCCGGAGAUCGUGCAGCGCCCGCCCUCCGUGCUCGCCAUGAACAACGCGCUGCACGGCCCCAAGCCCCAAGGCCUGCCCUCGCGCUUCCUCGUCACCGCCCCGCGCUGCUACUGCUUCCUCACGCGCAUGCCCUUCUUCGACCUGCACUUCGAGGUGCUCAACACCAUCCUGGUGCAGGAGCGCUUGGACCACAUGAAGCAGCACAUGCGCCGCAUCAACGCGGGCGGCCUGCACGCCAUGCGGCGCCGCGCCUUCCACCACCACGACCACGACGACGACGACGACGGCACGGGCGGCGCGUCCAAGAAGAAGAAGGACCCCAUGUCCUUUGCUGUGCCCAUCGCCACGCUCGCCCCCGCGCUCUCCUUCGCGCGCUCGCCCUCCUCGCGCCGUCUGCACGGCGUGAUGCGGCUGCGUGACGGCGGCGACUCGCAGUCGCUCAAGGGCUUCAAGAGCUUCCGCGGGCUGGCCACCGUGAAGGGGCUGGGUGGGUUCAUCGCCAAGCUGCAGGAGGGGCACGCGGACGGACACACUGCAGGCGCGGGGGAGGGGCAGGGGGAGGGGGGAGGGGGGGAGGAGAGGGUGGAGAAGGAGGAGGGCGAGGAGGUGGGAGUUGAGGAGGGAGAGGAGGGUGAGGAGCAGCUCACGGACGAGGAGGGGGAGUGGGAGGACGAGGAGGACGAGGAGGAGAGGGAUGAGGAGGAAGUGGAGGAGGAGGAGGAGGAGGACGACGACGACGACGAGGACGAGGAGGACGAGGAGGAGGACGAGGAGGGGAAGGAGGACGAGGAGGAGGCGGAUGGAGAGGAAGGGGAGGACGAGGAAGGGGAUGAGGAGGAGGAUGACGAAGAGGAGGAGGAGGAGGUGUCGUUGCGGCAGCCGAUGCGGCGCGGGCGGCUGAGGGAGGCGAGGCGGCGCGCUGAGAGGCAGGAGGACGGCGAGGGGGAGAGGAGAGCAGAAAAAGAGAGGCAGCGGCUGGUGCGGCUGAUGACGGUGGAGAGCGGUGGAGAGGGUUGGGAGGGCGAAGAGAGUGGCGAGGAGGAGGAGGCGGAGGAAGAAGAAGACGAAGUGGAGGAGGAGGAUGCGAGGAAGAAGGUGGGGCGGCGAGGAAAGAGGCUGGUAAGGCUGAUGACUGAAGAGGUGGGGCGAGCGCAGCGGAAAGGAGGAAAGAAGCUGGAGCGACUAAUGACAGACGAGACGAGCGGAGGGGGCUCGGGGGAUGGAGGGGAGGAAGAGGAGAUGGAUACAGUGUGGAAGGUCGAGGAGGAUGCGAAAGAUGAAGAAAACGAAGAGGAGGAGGAGGAGGAGAGGAAGAAGGUGGGGCGGCAGGGGAAGAAGCUGGUACGGCUGAUGACUGAAGAGGUGGGGCGAGCCGAGGGGAAGAGGGGCAAGAAGCUGGUGAGACUAAUGACAGAAGAGACGAGCAGAGGGGGGGCAAGGGGAGGAGGGGAGAAGGAAGAGGAGAUGGAUGCUUUGUGGGAAGGGGAGAGUGAGGAGGAGGGGGAGAGUGAGGAGGAGAGUGAGGAGGAGGGGGAGAGUGAGGAGGAGGGGAGUGGGGAGGAGGGCCAGGAUGGGGAUGGUGGCAGCUUUGGGGCUGGAAGGGCGUCGUUCAAGCUGCGGCGCUCCAUGACCGUGGAUGAUGAUGACGACCCGCUAGGGCCCUCGCCCUAUAGCCAGUAUGGCGCGGGUGGCACACGCGACGGCAGGAAGGGGCGCGCAGGAGCGGGUGCCGUGGCUGGCGAGGGGGCAGGCGCAGCAGGGGUGAAGCUGGGCCGCUUGAUGUCUGACGAUGAGGAUGGGGGCGACGGGGGUGGGGAUGAGGAUGGAGGCGACGGGGGUGGGGAUGCGGAUGGAGGCGAAGCGAAGGGCGGGCGCGGCAUGGCGGAGCGGCGGGCGUCGAUGAAGCUGCAGCGCAGCCUGACAGAAGACUCCGAGUCCGAGGACGAGCUACAGGGGUACGAGGGGGAGGGGGACGAGGAGGAGGGGGGCGAGGGGGAGAGCGAGGAGGAGGACUCGGAGGAGGAGGAGGCGUACGAGGAGGAGGACGACGACGACGCCUUCUAUGCGGGGCUCGUGGAGGGGGGGGAGGGCGACGGGGAGGAGGGUGAGGGCGAGCAGGGGGAGUAUGGGGCGGAUGCUGUGCGGCAAUGGGCCGAGGACCACCACAACGACGCGCUGCAGAUCGUGUGUGCGUACCACACGGCGGCAGUGCCCCCGUGCGGGCAGGCCAUGCUGUUCCACCCGCUGCCGCACCUGCUGCCUAUCGGCUUCACGCGCAGCGAGCUGGACAUCGACGAGCGCUGCUUCCCCCCCGACGCCGACGACCUGCUGCUGCGGGAGCUCAUGCACGCCGAGGAGGCCGCAGGGGUCGCCUGCUUCGCCGUCGCUGCUGCGUGCCGCGCGCUCAGCCUUGACAACAUCCUCACAGUGCUGGCAGCAGCACUGUUGGAGCGCCAGAUCGUCUUUGUCUGCCCCAACCUCAGCGUGCUGUCGGCGGUGGUGCUGGCGCUCAUCCCCAUGAUCCGCCCCUUCUCCUGGCAGUCCGUGCUGCUGCCGAUUCUGCCAAGUCAGCUGCUCACCUUCCUCGAUGCUCCUGUGCCCUUCCUGGUGGGCAUGCAGAGCAAGACAACAGAGCUCAAGGACCGAGCCAGCAACCUGAUUCGAGUGAACAUUCCCAAGGACAAGGUGAAGGUGCCCACCUACUUACCCCGCCUGCCCGACGAGGUGGACCUGUACAGCCGCCUCGAGCCCUUCCACUCCGCGCUGGCCGCCGUGCCGCACGCUGACAAGCGCCCCAUCUACCGCACCACCGAGGACCAGAUGGCGGCGGCGGACGGGUUCCUGCUGACGCUGCGGGCGUACGUCGACACCUUCUGCACCGAUGUGCGCAUCCACACCAUCACCAGCGUCAACGCCGGCGGCCAGCGGGUGUCUCUUCUCCUCAAGGAGAGCUUUGUCAACGGCUUCCCUGAGGACGACCAAGAAUUCUUUCAGGUGUUUGCGGGUACUCAGCUCUUCACCAUGCACAUUGAUACAUUGCUAGCCUCUGAUGAGGUCAUGUGAGCCUGCGAAGCAUCUGCACUACCUUCACAAGGUGACAAAGAUGUCCUAAUGUUCUGAUGUUUAUAUCCCGUUUGUUAUAACUGUAUAUUUCCUCUGUUUUCUUAGUUGAGUGCUGCAAGUAA